GCUCAAGCCAGGACUUUGGAACCUUUGAGGGUGAAAGUGGUUUACAACCCUGAACUGCACUUCCCGCAAAACCGGGACAGAGCUGGCAGUGAGGAAAGUGCCCGCGAGGCCACUGUGCAGGGCCGUGGAGGUGACCAGGAAGCAGCAGCCCAGGGCGCGUCCCAAGGGUCUCCUCACGAGUCCUGUUUUUUCUCUGGGCUGCUGAACCAAUGAAGCAUCACAAAGAAGCAGCCACCAGGGUGAAAGAUCUCACAACUCAAGCAAAACUGAACUCGCAUAUGGAGCGUGAGAGCACAUGGAAGACACAAAAAGAAAAGAAGGGAGGCAGACCUCAGGGAGGCAGGGAGGCCACAGUAAGGGGUUGGAGGACGGAGGACUGGGUCCUGGCAGGAAAUGUGUUGGUCACAGCUGGAGGAGACUGCGGCAGUCAGGGGAGCGGCUAUAGAUCAGGAAAACUGCAAGCAGGUCCUUCAGAAUGAAAGUCAGGAUCGAGUGUGGACAGGUCUAAAAGGACAAACGGCUUGGCUGACCCGGGGAGGGACCAAGGACAGAGAGAACCCCCCAGGCGCCUAGGCCCCCAGCUUGCCCAGGAAGCCCUGCUGCCGGGCACAGGCUCAGCCCUCGGGAGCCAGACCAGCUACAGCAUCGCCAGGGCAACUACCCAGGAAAGCACAGGGAGGCACAAGUCGGAAUAAGAACCUCAAGAGAAAAUGAAGCACGCAAGAAGCCAUCUUCCCGGGAACACUGGAUGCAGGCGCGAGGUUCUGUGGGUGGGAAGCACCGGGCUGAAUGUGACUCUGGAGCCACCAGGGGCGUUCUGCCAAUGUCACCACAGACCUUCUGCCCAGGGGAGGGAGCACUGGCCCCGAGGGCGUAGCACAGCCAGGCCUGGAGGCUGGCAGGGCAGCCUCAGGAGCAGAGGCCUGAAGUGCGCGCGCAACUUGGGCGAGGAUCCGCACACAGGAAAGAAACAGGACGCUGCCACCCGCCCUAGAGCAAAGCCAGCCGAGCACAGUGGCCAACUGGGAGGCCAAGGUGGGAGGCUCGCAAGUUCCAGGACAGCUUGGGCAGCUUAGCAGGAACUGUGUCAAGAUGCAGAUCAGAGUGCUGGGGCCUGGCUCAGCGGCGGAGCCCUCUCCUAGCACAUCCUGUGCCACCAAGCAAACCACAGAAAGCCCCGAAACACAAGGACAGGGCCCAGGUUGGGAACUGCAGAAGGCAUCAGAGAAGAUGGACUUCAGAGAGGUGUGCCUGUGGUCAAGAUGGCCCGCGGUGACCAGGGCUCCAGCCCACACGUGGAGCUGCCUCGAAACAUCAAACCAACCCCACAUCAGCUACCACAGGCUGUCUGGGCGGGAGGGUGUCCCACCCUCCUGUCCAGGAGAGGGCAGGGAGGCCACACUCGAGUGGACGUUAGACUCUGGAAGGAGGGGUGUGCUGGGGCAGCAGGUGCCCACGAGGGCCGGACGCACCCUCUUAGCUUGUGGAACCCAGGCUCCAUCUGAGUGGACUCAGGUGCCUGGGCUUACUGUUGGGCUGUGUUUGGUGCCCAGAGACUCUGACACAAGCUGACCCUGCACUAGUUUGGUCACAAGCUCCAGCCUCUGCAACCUCUUAGAGACCAAGAGGUGUUCAUCUGUGGGGGUAGAGCAGAAGCUUGUCCUCAGUUUACACAGGCCUGCCAGGCCAGGACAAAGCCACCAAGGCAGCCGACCCCUGGGGCCUUGCAAUGUGGACCAGCUGGUGGCUCUGGCCCAUGGUGGCCGUCUGUGCUGCAGACUUGUUCCGGGACCAGGCGGAGAGAAUCAUGCAGGACACGCCUGUCAUCGAUGGGCACAAUGAUCUGCCCUGGCAGCUGCUGAAGCUGUUCAACAAUCAGCUGCUGGACAAGAGGGCCAACCUGACCACACUGGCUGACACCCACACCAACAUUCCCAAGCUGAAGGCUGGCUUUGUGGGGGGCCAGUUCUGGUCUGCGUAUGUACCUUGCGACACCCAGGACAAGGACGCCGUGAAGAGGACGCUGGAGCAGAUGGAUGUCAUCCACCGCAUGUGCCAGAUGUACCCUGGAGUCUUCCAGUGUGUCACCAGCAGUACAGGCAUCCGGCAAGCCUUCCAGGAGGGGAAGGUGGCCAGCCUGAUUGGAGUGGAGGGCGGCCACUCCAUUGACAGCAGCCUGGGCGUCCUGCGGGCGCUCUACCACCUUGGCAUGCGAUACAUGACCCUCACCCACAACUGCAACACACCCUGGGCUGACAACUGGCUGGUGGAUGGAGGAACUGAUAAGGCUCAGAGCCAAGGGCUGUCAGUCUUUGGGCAGCACAUGGUGAAGGAGAUGAACCGCCUGGGCAUCAUGAUCGACUUGGCUCAUGUGUCAGUGGCCACCAUGAAGGCUGCUCUGCAGCUGUCCACAGCACCGGUCAUCUUCAGCCACUCCUCGGCCUACAGCCUGUGUAGGCAUGGCCGGAAUGUGCCAGAUGAUGUGCUCCAGAUGGUGAAGGAGACAGGCAGCCUGGUGAUGGUGAACUUCUACAGCAACUUUGUCUCCUGCUCUGACAGAGCCAACCUGUCCCAAGUGGCUGACCACCUGGACUACAUCAAAAAAGUGGCAGGAGCUGGAGCUGUGGGCUUUGGUGGGGACUAUGAUGGUGUCAACAGCCUCCCACUCGGCCUGGAGGAUGUCUCCAAGUACCCAGACCUGAUUGCAGAGCUGCUCAGGAGGAAAUGGACAGAGACAGAGGUCAGGGGUGCACUGGCUAACAACCUGCUGAGAGUCUUUGAGGCAGUGGAGAAGGUGAGCAACCACAAUGAAACUCCAGAGGAGACACCCAUUCCACUGGACCAACUGGGUGGCUCCUGUAGGACACAGUAUGGUUACUCAGGGGCCCCCAGCCUCCACCACCAGUCACGGGCUUUUCUGGCCUUCCUGGUACCCCUGAUCUUCAGCCUGCGGCCUCUGUGACCCUUCAGGGCUCCUGGGGAUCAAGGAAGACCAGCUGGUCUACAUGCACAAGGCCCAACCUCUCCUGAUCCAAGCAGUUGGGGUUGCCAGGGGGAUAGUGCUGGACACAGCACACAGUAGACCCAAUAAAAGCAA